AGCCGGCCCGGGCGGCAGGCAAAAUGUGAAUGAGAAAGAGGAGCGCGAUUUAAAGGUGCUGGCGGCGCCCGCCGGAGACAAGUACGCCGGCUUCGCGCGCUCCCCUGCGGCCCGCGGGAGGCGACGGACAGCGGGACAGACGGACGGACGCACGGACAGCAGCUAACCGGGGCCGAGGGUCGCAGCUGCGACGAGCGCGGGCUCCGACGGGCAAGCGGCGGACGGGGGCUCCGGCGAGCCCGCGGGGCCCGGGCGCCCUCUCCACUCCGGGGCGCACGGCCUCAUCCCGCGCACCCGCCGGGCAUGAAGCGGGCACAGGACUGAGCGGAGGAGGCGUCGGCUCUCCGGUCCCCGCUCCGUCCCUGCCUGGCGCUCCCGGAGGUGCUCCCGGCGUCCGGCGGGCUUCCCGGCGGCGGCGCGGCGCGGGGACUUUUCGCCUCUCGCUGGCCUCUCCCGAGCGCGUCUAUGAGCGCAGCGUUCCCGCCGUCGCUGAUGAUGAUGCAGCGCCCGCUGGGGAGUAGCACCGCCUUCAGCAUAGACUCCCUGAUCGGCAGCCCGCCGCAGCCCAGCCCUGGCCAUUUCGUCUACACCGGCUACCCCAUGUUCAUGCCCUACCGGCCGGUAGUGCUGCCGCCGCCGCCGCCGCCGCCGCCCGCGCUGCCCCAGGCCGCGCUGCAGCCCGCGCUGCCGCCGGCACAUCCGCACCACCAGAUCCCCAGCCUGCCCACCGGCUUCUGCUCCAGCCUGGCGCAGGGCAUGGCGCUCACCUCUACGCUCAUGGCCACGCUCCCCGGCGGCUUCUCCGCGUCGCCCCAGCACCAGGAGGCGGCAGCGGCCCGCAAGUUCGCGCCGCAGCCGCUGCCCGGAGGCGGUAACUUCGACAAAGCGGAGGCGCUGCAGGCUGACGCGGAGGAUGGCAAAGGCUUCCUGGCCAAGGAGGGCUCGCUGCUCGCCUUCUCCGCUGCCGAGGCGGUGCAGGCUUCGCUCGUCCGCCUGUCCCGCUCCGCGGUGACCUCGGGUCCCGGUCGGGGCUGUCCGAGGGCAAGGGAAAGACGAGUCAAAGGUGGAAGACGACCCCAAGGGCAAGGAGGAGAGCUUCUCGCUGGAGAGCGAUGUGGACUACAGCUCGGAUGACAAUCUGACUGGCCAGGCGGCUCACAAGGAGGAAGACCCGGGCCACGUGCUGGAGGAGACCCCGCCGAGCAGCGGCGCGGCGGGCAGCACCACGUCUACGGGCAAGAAUCGGCGGCGGCGGACUGCCUUCACCAGCGAGCAGCUGCUGGAGCUGGAGAAGGAGUUCCACUGCAAAAAAUACCUCUCCUUGACCGAGCGCUCGCAGAUCGCCCACGCCCUCAAACUCAGCGAGGUGCAGGUGAAAAUCUGGUUCCAGAACCGACGGGCCAAGUGGAAACGGGUGAAGGCAGGCAAUGCCAAUUCCAAGACGGGGGAGCCCUCCCGGAACCCUAAGAUCGUCGUCCCCAUCCCCGUCCACGUCAGCAGGUUCGCCAUUAGAAGUCAGCAUCAGCAGCUAGAGCAGGCCCGGCCCUGAGGGUCCAGAAGGGCCAGGGUCUGGCACCCACCUGGAGAAGCCCCGGCACCCGAGGGAACCCAUGGUGGACUCCACUGUGUUUGAAGCAACACUCGAAGUCACAGCCCAACUGUGGCCAUCCCAAGCAAAUUGAGAAUAUAUUCACUACAUGGGCUUAAAAGACUGCUUUUGAAGGGACUUACUGCCACACCAGAAGACACUCGAAAUAUUUAUUAUACUAUGCUACUUUGUACAUAAAUAUGUCCAUAGACUGGAUCUCAGCGGCAGUAUUUUGAAAGUUAUAGGACUUAAUUACCCAAUAAUGUUCUCCACUCAUUUCAGAAGAAAACCAAACCUCUGCUGUAAUCCGCGCGGUUAGCAGCCUCCUUUCCAUACUUCUCCAAAGGUAAACGUGAAACCCAAGAACAAGCGCUGGGGUUGAAACUGAUUUUGGUUUGCGUUCUGGCUUUUUGAGUUGACUGAGAAGCAGACGCUAUUAGGCAGCCUGGAAAUUCGCUUUGCUUUGCUUCGGUUGCGCCUGGCUUUGGUUUCCCCUGGGGUUGCCUAUCGUAUCUGAGCCAUGUGAAGCACGUCUCCGUUGUGUUAAUUUAUUUCAAUGUAGCUUAUUUUCUUAUAAGUUAUGACGUUUAAACAAUUUCAGUCUUGUGAAUAAUAAAAAGGACAGGGGGAAGAAAGACCAA